AUGGACACGAAAUCAGACUUUUUGCUUAUGCAUACUCAAGAGCCAGCCACUCUAAGCAAGCCAAAGAUUCCUCGUACAAGUACAAGCAAGGUCCGAACAGGCUGCAUCACUUGCAAGAAGCGUCAUGUCAAAUGCGAUGAAGCAAAACCUCAUUGCGGAAAUUGUACUAGAAAUCGGCGAAAAUGUGAAGGCUAUGCCAUCCUGACCAACAAGAGAAAUCCAUCGCCUCCUCAAAUCAGAUGGGACUCGAAACAAAUUACUUGCGCCGCACCUCUAAAAGCGCAGCUGCAUCUCGUCCACGACUGGCUGGACUUUAGAGACGCUGACAAUGUGAUUUACUUUGAUGAAUUCAUUAGAGUUGUCCAGAGUCCAUGGAUCGCUGCUGGUUUCAACAAUGAUCUGUGGGCUGUGACGUUACCACAGGUCGCUCGCACAAACGACGUUGUACGGCACGCUGCUAUCGCUAUAGGAGCCUUGAGCAGGUGGCUUACCAAAUAUCAUCAUGAGCCACUUGGAUCAUCGACAAAUAUUGGAAGUGAAAUUGCACAGAACGACCCAGACUAUCGGAACGCUGUUGCUCAUUAUUGUCAUGCGUUAAAGUUGCAGAGUCAACAACCCUGUAUGCAAGAUGCAGUGUUUCUUUCAAUCCUUUUCCUCUGUUUUGAGACGCUGCGCGGUAACAGGAAAGCUGCCUUGGACCACAUCAACCAUGGCUUGGCAAUGCUACUCGCCUUGGUGACAGACCCGGAUUCACGACUGAUGACAUCCGUCGCCCCAAACCCGAAGCCUCUCAUUGCAGUGGUGGCAGACAUCUUCACUCACUUACUGCCUCAAACUCGAUUAAUUCUGCAAGGAAGUGUUGGGCACAGUCCGACAGUGCCCAACUUUGCAAGAGGCUUACGAGCCAAACGGGAGACAGUCGAUUCCUUCAUGAGACUUAUUGGCAACUUGCCUCGAUCUUAUCGUCCCAUCGACAAGCUCCCGCCCGUGCUUGACAGCCUAGAUGACUUUGAAAGAUACUGGAUGACAGGUCGCAACGCAAAACUUGCCGUGGCCCCUCUUUUGAUGGAAGCAGUGAGCAAGUCUGGUGCCUUGACCUCGACUGACCCCGGCAUGAUUUUGGAAUUAUGGGAGCAAAUCAUGGCUGACCCUCGCAUUCAAGAGAUAUGCGAAGCUUCUACGAAAGAACUCAAAGCUCUGGAGGCUGCUUUUAUGCCAUUGUUCGACCGCGCCAUAAUGUCUGACCCUGGAUCAGUUGAAUACAUGAGGGCUAUUCAUCUGCGUCUACACUAUCUGGGUACUUGUACCUUUGAGGAUCUCACACACUUCCACGACCCUACGCCAGUUCAAGCCAAGACGCCAUUGUUUCGCGAAUAUAUAUCUCUGGCAGAUAUAAGUCUACGCACAGCAAAGCAAGGAUUGAAGAGCCCGGCGCAUCACCUGUCUCUGCAGUGCAGCCUAGCCUCACACCUGUUCCUCAUCUCAAUGUUCUGCCGCGAUGCUUUACUACGGGACGAAGCCACGAGGAUGCUGAAAGACUACCAUGGGCAAGACGGCAUAUGGAAUGCGCGUUCUCUGUACGUGUUGGCUCUCAAGAACAGAAGCGUGGAGCGCAUCAAUACUUCUGACGGCACACCUCUGGAGCAGUGGCGUCGUCUCUUACGCCGAGAGUAUUUGUUUGAAGAAGGCGGCCAACACAUUGUGUUUUGCUUCUUGGACAAAGACCCAGUGAAUGGGGAAUGGGGGUUAGUGGAAGAGACUGCUGAAGUGAAGGGCGAUCUCGAUGCGGUUCAGUGGCACAGAAGGCCUCUCUCGGCAGCUGGAAAGCCUUUGAUGGGGGAUGUGAUAAUGCUCUGGCCGGAACUGAUGGGGUGA